AUGGAAGAAGACAUGAUAGAAGAGAUUUUGGUGAAAUUUCCGGUGAAAACAUUGAUGCGUAUGAAGUGCGUUUGCAAGUCUUGGUGUAGUUUAAUCGCGAGUCGACGUUUCGCCGAAAAGCAUCUCAACCACCACUCUGCAAACAAAUCCAAUGAACAAAUUUUGAUUUUUCGUACUCUGGAAAAGGACAUUGUUUCCCUUCAUUCCCCCGAAUCACUAAACUUUGUUGCGCCACCUCUACCAAUUGCGAAAAAGACCAUGGUAGUCGGGCUUAUUUCUACACCUUGCAAUGGGUUGAUUUGUUACCAAUCCGCAAACAACGAGAUUAUGUUGUGCAACCCUUCGACUCGAGAGUUUAAGCUACUCCCUCCGAGCCAUUUCCCUCAACUCUAUGGAUACAAAUAUAGAGAUCAUGCAAUCGGAUUCGGAAUCCACAACAAUGACUACAAGGUUAUUUCAAUUGCAUAUUACCUUCCUGAAGGCCAUGUCAGCAACCAAGACAGAUUAUUCAAAGCUCGAAUUUACAGCACGGUUUCCAACACUUGGAGAAGCACCUCCCACGACCCCACACCAGUAUAUAUUAAAGGCAUUGUGCCCACGGUCAAUGGGCGUUGCCAUUGGAUCUCGUACCAUCCCGAAAAACCAACAAAACUGUUCAUACUUUCUUUCGACAUGCACGACGAGAUGUUUCUUUCUAUGGAGCUUCCUAGUGUAGUCAAGUUUCCAACCGAUGAAAAUCUUCUUCAAGUUUCGGAUGGAUCUCUUGCAGUGUACAUCGGUUGUGGCGUAGCCGUUGAUAUAUGGGUGAUGCAAGAAUAUGGGGUGGUCGAAUCGUGGACAAAGAAAUUCACGUUUCAAUAUACGUUGUAUUCACGUGGGGAUCCCCUACUCUUGUGGAAGAAUGAGAUCCUUCUUAUGCCGAGCAUUGGGAAGGAUCUCAAAGUGCGGUUGGCGUGGUCGUAUGGGGACCAAAGGUUUGAAAUAGAUGGCAGUUGUUGUUGGAGAUUCCGAGCCAUGCAUUACGAGGAAAGUUUAAUAUCCCUAAAGUGA